AUGUCGAAUCCCACUGAUAAACCGAUGUACGGUACAGCAAAACUAAGAGAUUUAAACAUAAAGCGUAGCUCAAUAAAAGGCCAAAUUACUAAAUUUAAAAACUAUCUAAAUAAUUUAAACACUAAACUACAGUUAUCAAACAUCGAAUUAGUUGAGUUAAAACUAAAACUUAGUAAGUUCGAGGGUUUAUCCGUGAGAUUUGAUGAUUUGCAAAGUGAGAUAGAGGUGUUGAAUUCUGAUAAUAUGAGUAUAGAAUUGGAUGAGCGAGAAAACAUUGAGAGCGACAUUAUUAUUAAUAUAGCCGCAGCCAAAACCUUAAUAGAAAAAUAUAAUAAAUUAGAAAAUGACCAAAGACGAGAGUCUAUGGUUCAUGAAUCCCAUUGUUCUCUCGAUCACCAUGAAAUUAGCUUCAAAUUACCCCACUUACAAAUUUCUAAGUUUGAUGGCGCCUACUUUCGUUGGUUAGACUUUCGCGAUACAUUUGAAAAUUUAAUUCACAAUAACGACCGUAUUAAACCUAUAAACAAAUUCCACUAUCUCGCUUCCUAUUUGGAAGGAGAUGCUGCACGAAUAAUUUCAAAUCUCGAAGUAUCUUCAGCCAAUUAUGAUGAAGCAUGGAGGCUGCUUUGUGAGCGUUAUGAUAAUAAAAGAUUGCUUGUUAACUUCCAUCUCAGUUCAUUGUUUAGCAUACAAACACUUAAUCGCGAAUCCGAGAAAGGUUUACGAUUUUUGGUUGAUCACGUUACAAAAAAUCUUCGUGCUUUAACCAAUUUAGGUCAACCAACUGAUAAAUGGGAUACAUUGAUUAUAUUCAUGUUGUCGUCUAAAAUGGAUAGCCGUACACUUACAAAAUGGGAAGAAUUUCGCAACUCACUUGAUAAUAUACCAACUCUGGAUCAGUUUUAUAAAUUCUUAAUAGAUCGUGCUGAUGUCUUAGAGUCAUUGAAUCGCAAUAAAUUUAAUAAUGUCCCACAUAAUAAUACGCCUACAGGUGCCACACUCUCGCCUCAUAAUAACAAACAACGACGACCCUUGGAUACUAAGUCAUUCGCUACUACUAGUGUAAAUAAAUCAAACGCACAUGUGUAUUCCUGUGUUGUUUGUAAUGAAGGUCAUCGAAUAUACGACUGUCCCACAUUUAAGGCAAAAUCCAUAAAGGACCGAUGGGUUGAGGUUACAAAAUAUAAAUUGUGUGCUAAUUGUCUUCGCCAAGGGCACCCUGUAAAUAACUGCCGGUUAGGACCUUGUCGCGAAUGCAAAAAAAGACAUAAUAGUCUCCUUCACAAUAAUACUACUUCAGUUGGUUCUAAUUGUGCUGACCAAUCUGAAACUAUUGUUAAUUUUUCAAAACAAAAUAAUACCACUAUAUUAUUGGGUACAGCAGUUAUCGAAAUAUGCAAUCCUAAUACUGGUAUGACACAAAAGGCACGUGCUUUACUGGACUGUGGUAGUGAGUCCUCAUUUAUUACUAAAACAUUAAAGGACCAACUCUCAUUAGAUUCUAAUCCUAUAGACGCGCUAAAUGUUAUUGGUAUCGGUAAUGUCUGCAAUGAUAAAGUAAGGGAAACCUGUAUUACACAAAUAACAUCUCUAAAUAGUCAAUUUACUGCUAAACUGUCGUGUUUGGUAAUGAAUAAAUUAACAAGUGAUCUUCCAAAGAUCCCUAUAGAUGUACAUAAAUUUGACAUUCCUCAAGACAUCAAUUUAGCAGAUCCUACUUUUAAUCAACCUGGUACAGUUGAUAUUUUGAUAGGAUCUGAUUUGUUUUGGGAGAUCUUGGGAAACGAAAAACGUUCUCUAGGUCCAAAUAAACCUAUAUUAAUAAAGUCUAAACUUGGCUGGUUGAUAGCUGGCCCUACGCAUUCUAUACAUAAUUCAUACAAUAAAUAUACUAAUUGUCAUCAUUCAGUAUCGCAUGUUGAAGUAGAAUCUAAUAUUGAUAGCAUGCUCAAAAUAUUUUGGGAAAUUGAAGAACUUCCUAAGAAAACAGUGAUGAGUAAGAACGACAAAAUUUGUGAACAGCACUUCAUAGACAAUACAGUUCGCCUAAACACUGGUAGGUUUUGUAUUAAACUACCUCUAACAGAUUCCACAGACUGCCUUGGAGAUACCUUUUAUUUAGCAAGAAAACGUUUUCUUUGUCUUGAAAGAAGGUUUAAAAGGCAGCCUAAACUAAAACUGGAGUAUUCCAACUUUAUUAAAGAGUAUGCGAAAUUAGGUCAUCUCUCGGAGUGUCCUAUACUAAAACCAAAUCCAGCUUACUUUUUAUGUCAUCACGCUGUAUUUAAAAACAGUAGUGAAUCUACCAAGCUUCGAGUAGUGUUUGAUGGGUCCGCUCCCUCUUCCUCGGGGUAUUCUUUAAAUGACAUUCUGAUGGUGGGUCCUAAUGUACAGGACUCCCUCUUCUCCAUUUUGGUAAGAGCAAGACAAUACAAAUACCUCUUAACUGGUGACAUUGAGAAAAUGUAUCGCCAGGUUCAAGUGAAAUCGGAGGAUAGAAACUUGCAACUUAUUCUGUGGAGAGAAGAUGAGUCCCAGCCCAUCAGAACAUUACAAUUAAAUACUCUCACUUACGGUACGGCAAGUGCGAGCUAUUUGAGCACAAGAUGUAUCAAAAAAUUAGGGGAAGAGCAGGAAGAGGAAUUAAUUAGUAGUAUUAUUCAAAGAGAUUUUUACAUUGAUGACCUUGUCACUGGAUCUAAUGAUGCAGUUGAAUUACGAUAUAUACAAAAUAGAUUUUCCGAGAUAUUACUAUCCGGUUGUUUUAAUUUAAGAAAAUAUAGAAGUAAUUUGGAACAUCUGUUUGAAAAUUCAAAUAUAGAUACGCAACAAAAUUUAACUAUUAGUGAGUCUUCGAACACUCUCGGGCUUGGUUGGGACCCAUCGAAUGAUUGUUUGCAUUUCCCGAUAAAUUUUCACCUAGAAUACGAAACAGUUACAAAACGAGUAAUAAUGUCAAAUUCAUUUAAAUUAUUUGAUCCCUUAGGUAUCUUAAGUCCAUGUAUAAUCAAGCCUAAAAUGAUGUUACAAAAACUAUGGUUACAAAAGAUAGACUGGGAUGAACCAGUCCCAUAUGAUAUUAGGGAACAGUGGAUAAACUUUAUCAAAAAUAUGCCUUGCCUUCUAAAAUUACAGAUUCCACGGUGGGUGAUUUGCGACUCACCUGUAUGUGUGGAGCUGCAUUCAUUCAGCGACGCUUCUCAAAGUGCUUACGGUGCAUGUGUGUAUGUGAGGUCAAUAGACGCAAACAAUGACAUUACCGUAAGGUUACUUUGUGCCAAAUCCAAGGUAGCUCCAGUUAAACCCAUGACAAUACCUCGUUUGGAGCUUUCUGCUGCACUUCUUGCUGCCAGAUUAUGUAGGGAUAUUGAGACGUCCAUAAGGUACACACCAUAUCGCAUAAUUCAUUGGUGCGAUUCUAGCGUAGUAUUGUCAUGGAUCAAUAAUGACGUCACGAAACUAAAAUCAUUCGUAGCUAAUCGCAUUAGUGAGAUUGUCGAACUCACUCAUUCUUCAGCAUGGCGAUAUGUCCCUACUACAGCUAACCCAGCAGAUUUAAUAUCCAGGGGCUUGGAUGGUAAUCAAAUUAUUAUGUCAAAUUUAUGGUGGACGGGACCUUCAUUUUUAUUUCAGAAUGAGGCUGAGUGGCCAAUAUUAAAAUCUUGUACUGAACCCUACGAAACACUAUCCGAAAUUAAGACAAAUAUAGCAAUGCUUCCGAAUCCAAUAAUUCAAAUCAACCGUUAUUCUAAUUUAACCAAGCUACAAAGAAUUUUAGCAUACGUAAUGAGGUUUAUAUAUAAUUUAAAAAACAAUAAAAAUCAACGUUCAGGAAAAUUAACUAUAAAUGAAUUAAAUGAAGCUUUUAUAAUACUCUGUGGCAUUGCUCAACAAGAAAUAUAUCCAAUAGAAUUAAAUAUACUAUCAAAUAAUAAGAUGUUAAGUUCUAAGUCGAAAAUAUUGCAGUUGUCUCCUUUUCUAGAUGAUCACAAAUUAAUCAGGGUUGGAGGACGAAUACAUGCGUCUAAUUGUACAUAUGAACAGAAGCAUCCUAUACUUUUACAUGCAUCUCACCAUUUAACCAAGCUCAUUUUCGAAAGAGAACACAUAAGUCAUAUGCAUGCAGGCCCACAGUUAUUAUUAGCCGUAGUGAGAGAAAUUGUGUGGCCUGUCAAUGGAAGGCACCUAGCUAGGCGUGUUGUUAACAACUGUGUACGCUGUAGGCGUCUUCGUGGCAAAACACUUUGCCCUAAAAUGGGUAAUUUACCUUCCCAACGUAUAACUCCCGACUUCCCAUUUUUAUCAGUUGGCUUGGACUUCGCUGGUCCUUUUCAUAUACUAAAUAGAAAGGGACGUGGCAGUAGAUUGAUUAAAGCAUACUUGUGUUUGUUUGUAUGCUUGCGAUAUAAAUGUAUUCAUUUAGAAGCGGUAAACGAUUUGUCAAAGGAGUCUUUUAUUAUGACGCUCAAACGAUUUGUCGCGCGCCGCGGUAAACCAUUAGAGAUAUUCUGCGACAAUGGUCGUAAUUUUGUAGCCGCAGCAAAAGAAUUAGGAGAAUUUCUAAAAUCAAACAUUGACAGCGUAUCUGACUUUGCAAAUCAUGAAGGCUUUAAGUUCAUAUUUACUCCUACUUACGCUCCUCACUUUGGGGGUAUUUGGGAGGCAGGCGUAAAGAGCGCAAAGGGGUAUUUAAAAAGAGUCAUAGGGAAUAGUCAUUUGACAUUCGAGGAAAUUUCUACAUUAUUUUCGCAAGUGGAGGCUGUACUUAAUAGUCGUCCUUUAUGCCCUUUGUCGUCCUCCCCUAAUGAUCUACUUCCAUUGUCUCCUGGUCACUUCCUAAUUGGCAGACCCUUGACUGCGCUGCCUUCACCAUCAUUACUAAAUUGUAACGAAAAUCAACUGAAACGCUAA